GGAGUGAAGAAAUAGUCAGAGGGAGAGAGAGAGAGAGAGAGAAAGAGAGAGAGAGAAAGAUUAGCAGUCCAACUAGAUCAGAUUGCAAAAGAUUGAUAAAGAGAGAUGUUCAGUUAAUAAGCAGUGAGGAGUAUUGAACAGUUUUAUGGUACACAGUGAAGGAAAGACUUCACGUCCCUAAAGAUGAAGGAUGAGCAGAAGACCAGCUGAAGAAAUCGCCCCAGAAGAUGGAGAUACAAAAACCUGAAUUUUUACUGGAAUAAUCCUCGUUAAACGUUUCGCACCUGUCUUGUACGCGGAGGCACUGACCGAGCAAAAGUGCCUCGGCCCGAGGUUCUGGUGUGAGCCCGUCUGGUCAGAACUGCUUUUCAUCCGCGCUCGCAACAGCACCUGAAAGAGAGAGAGAAGAAUCCGAGCAAGGAUGAAGAAAUUCAAACGGGGUCUAUACCUUGUGCUGAAGAUGAUGGAGUGGUUUUCUCCAGUAUUAGAGUAACACACAAAGAAGGAGCAGCUGCGGUGGCAGAUGCAAAUAAUGCCUCAGUUUGGUUAACGGGGACACUGGGAGAGAAGAUACCACCUUUUACUUCUGCAGCCUGGGGGAGGACAGGUAGAAAUAAAGGGAUUGGAUUAAAGCUCAAGACUCCCACCCAGCUCCCUGUCUAUGACUCACUAAAAUGCAACUUAGCCAGUGAUCAAGCGGUGAGGGGCCUCGAUCACUCCCGGCCUUCCCUCUGCACUGACCCUGCCGCUGGGAGUGCCGCCUGGAGCAUGAGUGUGGGAAGAAUCAAUCGCUACAGCAUUGUGUCAUCCGAGGAAGAGGGCCUCCGCCUCACUACCAUGCAUGGUAUGAACGGCUUUGGCAAUGGCAAGAUCCACACACGCCGCAAGUGCCGCAACCGCUUCGUCAAAAAGAAUGGCCAGUGCAAUGUGCAGUUUGCCAAUAUGGAAGAUAAGUCGCAGCGCUACAUGGCCGACAUCUUCACCACAUGUGUUGAUAUUCGCUGGCGAUGGAUGCUGUUAGUCUUCACUCUCGUGUUUGUCGUCUCCUGGCUGGCCUUUGGCUUAGCCUUUUGGGUCAUUGCUUUGCUGCAUGGAGAUCUGGAUAACCCCGCCGGAGAUGAUAACUUCACUCCUUGUGUCCUCCAGGUCAAUGGAUUUGUGGCUGCCUUUCUAUUCUCCAUUGAAACACAGUCUACCAUAGGUUAUGGCUAUCGCUGUGUGACUGAAGAGUGCCCAGCGGCUGUCUUCAUGGUGGUCUUCCAGUCCAUAGUGGGUUGCAUCAUUGACUGCUUUAUGAUUGGCGCCAUCAUGGCCAAGAUGGCGAGGCCUAAGAAGCGAGCACAAACACUGUUGUUUAGCCACAAUGCUGUCAUUGCCAUGCGGGAUGGAAAGCUGUGCCUAAUGUGGAGGGUGGGGAACCUUCGCAAGAGCCACAUUGUAGAGGCCCAUGUUAGGGCACAGCUCAUCAAACCUCGGAUCACUGAUGAGGGGGAAUACAUUCCUCUAGACCAAAUAGACAUUAAUGUGGGCUUUGAUAAAGGUCUGGACAGGAUUUUCUUGGUUUCACCCAUCACUAUUCUCCAUGAGAUAGAUGAGGAGAGUCCCCUGUUUGGGAUCAGCAAACAGGAUUUAGAGACAGCAGACUUUGAGAUUGUCGUCAUCUUGGAGGGGAUGGUUGAAGCAACCGCCAUGACCACACAGGCUCGAAGCUCCUACUUGGCCUCUGAGGUGCUUUGGGGUCACCGUUUCGAGCCAGUCUUGUUUGAGGAGAAGAACGUGUACAAGGUGGAUUACUCUCACUUUCACAAAACCUACGAGGUGCCGUCCACCCCCCGCUGCAGUGCCAAGGACAUGGUUGAGAACAAGUUCUUAGUCCCAAGCUCUAACUCUUUCUGCUAUGAAAAUGAGCUGGCCUUCCUGAGCCGCGAGGAUGAGGAGGAGGAUGUAGGUGGUGGUAGCAGGGCACUGAACCUCAGUCCAGACAGGAACAGCCGACAUGAGUUUGAACGCUUACAGGCCACCAGGACGCUGGAUCAAAGGUCAUAUCGGAGAGAGUCGGAAAUAUGACCUCGACCCAUUGACCCUGGACCAACUUUCAAUAACUGUAUCCAAGGGUGAAAUGCAGAACAAUGCAAAGUGCCAUAGGAAAAGCUGACUACUGUAAAAGUUUGGAAAAUAAACAAGACCACAGUAAAAGGGACAUGGGGAAAAACAAGAGUACACAUCUUAGAAAUUGUGGUAAGGAAUGUCUACAAUCAAGGAAAAGGCUAAGGAAAGACCUUCUUCCUGAAUGGAAACUUGAAUCUUUUGUCAUUUUGAGUUCAGAGUUCAGAGUGUUCAAUGAUAGUGCAUCAAAAACUAUGACAGAACCAUAUAAUCUAAUUUUAGGUGUAAAUACAUUGAUAAGUUAUGUUUUGUGUGCAGUAUCAGUUUCCCAAAAAAAAGUUAUUAUUUCCACAAAUAAUAGUGUUACAAGGCUUCUCUUGAGCUCUCCUCACAUUGCUGUAAUGUACUGGACCUGCGUGCACUGCAGCAUUCAGAUGCAAUGAGACGUGAUAAAACAUCUGACCGUGAGCCACUGAGAACAACAUAAUUCAACACCUUCAUUUAUGUAUUGGUGUGAUCCCAAAAUCUACCAUUGUAGGCAAAAUGUAUUGCACUAUGAAUAACAUAUCGGGAUAUGUUGAACAAUAAUGAAAUCCCAUUGUAUGAAGCAUCACUAUUUAUAUUCUCUUAAUGCCUCAUAUUUCAACCAUAUGUAAGCCACCAACGUCAUGAUUUGGUUGCACUGGCCAACACAUGUUCAAACAUUGAUAAGUAGUCAGGUAAAAAAAAACAAAAGCACAGAUGGAGGACAACUGUCCUAAAAAAAGAACAGCAUAUCUGCAAGAUACAGGUUGCAAUAUCCAAGUUUCUAUUGAUUAAAUAAAAAACUGAAUAGCAGCAAUUUGUUAUUCCACAAAAAGAUGCACCUUAAAGUGUACCUUAACUUGCACAACUUGAACAAAUCGUGUAAACUAAGUUAAACUAAAACCUGUAUACUGAUAGUUAAUAACAAGUUUUCUUCCAUAGGGAAAUUCAGACUAACAAACAGGCAUAAAUUGAUGACACUAAAUGUUUUUGUCCUCUUUAAAAAUGAAUCUAUGCACAUAGAGAUGAAACCUAUUGAGUUCUGUUUGAGAUAAAAUUAUGUUAUGACAUUAAUUAAUUAAUACCUAGGGCUUAACCUGAAAAAGGAACAAAAAUCAUAAACUGAAUUUCUAAAGGUAGCUGUUAAAGUUAUCAAUCAACCAACCAAUCAUCUAAUCAUCCAUUCAAAUAAAUUGAUAGUCAAACUUUCAUAUAUCACUAAAACCUUUAAAAUGUACACAGGAAGAAUGCAAGAAUGAUAAUUAUUGCUAACCACCCAACAAGCAUCCAUUCCAAGUAAGAGGACGAGCAUCACAAGGGUGAAUGUGUCUUCAACACUUUGCUCACAAGGUUAGAGUCGUCCAAACGUGUUUAAAUUUACAGGAGUCGGCCCGACAUUUCUAUUCAUUUUACAUCAAAAGUGGGUACAUUUAGAUGCUCCUUAUAUUAUUAACAACAGAGUCAAUAUCAGAAAAUGUUAUAUAAUAAUUAUAUGACAAAUGUAUCCUUUAACAAGUAACGUGUGCAAGACUAAGUUUGACUAAAACCUGUUAUCACCCUCAUUGCUGUCUAAACAGAUAUAGUUAUACAUGAGAAAAUAGCUUUCUCCUUCACUCCUCAUAUUGAUUCCUCUGGCAUUUACAAACAUUAUAUGCUAUAAAUGCAUUUUUAGCAUAGAGUUAAUACACUGAACCAAGGUUGAAUAGAAGCAAAAAAAACGCACAUCUUUCUGAAUACAUUUUAGUAGCCAUGUCCUUAAUGAUUAUCUUGUAAUACACUGAACAUUUGUAUAAUUCUUGAUUCCCAGAUAACAAGUGUCAGGCAUGGAGGAGAAGGACCCUGCAUUAUUUUUCUUAUUGUACUCGUAUGCAUACGAGUUGUCAGACUUGAUACCAAAGUAAUGAGUGUAGUCUUAACUUUUGUUCCCAAAGUAAUCUUCCAAAAAACUGUUUAGACUGAUCUAGAAAAAUGGUUAGUCAUUGUUGGUCUCCAGUUUGCAGAUAGUCUCUCUAGAUUUAUAUUAUUCCGAAACAUUUGCCACUAAUUAAAAGCAAAUCUCUGUUCGACUAAACCUGAUUCAAUCAGUUGCUGGUAGUUUAAAAGACACAAUCAUGAUGCAUGAUAACUUUUUUCUUUGGCAUGAAUAGCAUUUAAAAAAAGAUCCCUUAUUGUAUAUGCCUAGUCAUUCAAACCUAAACAUGUUAAUGUUUGUAUCACAAAAUACUCUUUACCAAGUCCAGCUUAUCUAUUACCUCACUAAAAUGUGGACGUUAUGUCCGUGUGGAUCAAUUUUAGUUAAAUGUCAUACAUAAAAGAUUACACAUGUGGUGAAAAAGUACAACAUGAACACAUAGAAGAGAACCAUAAAAUGGUUGUUAUGUUGGUCACAAUGACUAAUAUUUUCCUAAUAGUCAUUUAACUCAGUAUAUUAUAUUUCUAGGUUAUAUGUUGCUUUUUAGAACAUUGUGGGAUGUAGUAAAAUAUAAAGAGCAUGUUUUGGCAAAUAAGUGAAGCGUUCUUUACCCAGCCCAAAAUAUUUAUUAUGAUUAUUGCCUUCUGGGAAGGUUAUAUACAAUGAUGUGUGAAGCCUCUGCACCUACACAGUGGCAAAAAAAGGUGAAGCAUUUCUACUGAAUAUUUUUUUUGCAGAUUGUUUUAGCUUUGAUGAUGCCCACCUCAGCCCUUAAAAAAGAAACACACACAAUUGUUUUAGCAAAACAUAAAGGUUUCUAGUGUAAAAAGCAUAGAAUCAUAAAAAGUAUAAUAGGGAGCAGGAGGCUGAACAACCUGCUUAUUUUUAUACAAAGUUCUUUUUGAUAGAAUACCGCAAUCAAUAUGUAUCUGUUUUUAUUAGAGUACUACAAUGAAAUCACUAAUGAGAGGCAAAAAUAUGAUUCUCGUCUCCCUUUUCAAUGCUUUGAUUUCUGUCGUUUCAUUUCAGCACAGAUCCUCAUGAUUUAACAGGUAUUUCUCUUAAAGGGAUGAUUGGAAAAGCUUUUGAC